UUGCAGUCUGUGCUCAUCAGUCAGUCAGUCUUACGGACGCGCGAUUCACGUUUGACGUUUAGUUUCGGAUGUGUAGUUCGACCGAAUUCGUCGAUGGUCGUAUGUUUGAUGGUGGUACUUGACGAAAGAACUCGAAUUCGUAUGCGGUUGGCUGGUGUCUCGUGGUGUGACGCUUUCUGGUAAGAUUGUAGUGGCACGUUUCGCUAUGACGCAAGUGCUUUGGCCGCAAGAGGCGCAGUGACGACUCGCCCGUGAGCCUGCCGACAUCCUCGACAGCCCUACGAUGGAGUCGAUCAGAAAAUGGUUCUACAGGCCUAAGAGGGACGACACGAGCUUGCUCGCUCAGUUUUUCUACGCGGACGAGUCUUUGAACGCGGUCGCUUGCGAGUUGGACUCGUUCGAUGGUCGUCAGGAGCCAGAAAGAUGCACCACGUUGGUCAACCAGCUGCGCCACUGUCAGGACAAAGUGUUAACGAUAUGCAGUCAAAUAAUGGACGAUCUGAUUCCGGAGAGCAGGGCGAACCGAGACUUCAGGGUGAAAUUUCCUGACGACGUGAUGCAGGAGAAUCUCGCUGGACAGCUGUGGUUCGGAGCUGAAUGCUUGGCAGCUGGGUCCUCGAUCAUGAACAGGGAGGCUGAAAGUUCAGCCAUGAGACCGCUAGCAAGGGCUUUGACUAAGUCGUUGGAUAUCGUCAGGAAUUUGCUCAGAGAGCACGCGUUAAAAGGUCACAUGAACCUGAAGUACCUUUUUCAGACGCAAUACCCGUUGGACCCAUCCCUGGAGAAGCUGAUCGAGUCGUUAAAGAUCUUCGACCGGUUGUUCGCUGAUUUCGAACUGUGCUAUGUGGGCGCCAUGGUGCCAGUGAAAUCGACGAAGGAGUACGAGCAGCAGGAGCUCGUUUGCGUUUUAUUUUCGGAGACUCUGCAAAGAGCUCUCGAACGUGGAUUGCUCAGCCAGGCCGAUGUAGAUAAUUACGAGCCGGCUCUGAUGUUUACUAUUCCUCGUUUGGCGAUUGUUUCUGGCCUCUUGGCUCCGCCUGGAGGCCCUCUGUGCCUCAAUUCCCCCGACAACAUCAGCGAAGUGUUUAGACCUUUUAGGUCGCUUCUCCUAAAAAUAAGAGAACUUCUUUGGACGUUAAACAACCGCGAGCUCUACAUGCUGGAGAAACUGCUGUGCUCAAACGAGGAGCCGCCGGGUCCCAUCACGCAGUCGUCAAAAUCGUCCGCGUGCCAGGACAUUCCCGACCUGGAGGAGUUCGUCCACAAUUUUUAUACCGGUUAUCCGAACUGUAAAGACUUCAUCGUAGAUUUUUACACAGUGACGAGAAACACGGGGAACAAUAUGGACGAGGUGGCGGACGACGUGGUUCAAAUCUUAGAGGAAGAAAGCCGUUUGACAGAAGGAAAUAGCGAUCAGGAGGUGGAGGACCGGGGAACAAUGAUAGAAACCGGGCCUAAUCGCUUAAACAUAUCCGUGAACGGGUACGAAGAAGCUGUGAGGUGUAACGGUAACACGAGGACAUCCAGUGAACGAGAAAGUGUUGGUGACGAAGUGCAGUAUCAUAUUAAAAAGCCAGCUAGCUCUUCGAACAGCAGUAGAUACUUAUCUUGCGACGAUAGUCCUUGCUCCAGAAGAAUAGAAUGUCCCGCGAGUCCUGUUUCAAUGGUAGAUUCGAUGGUGGAGCAGGUCGUUCCAGAAGAUAGUGUUUCAAGCGUAAACGAGAAUAGAUGCGGCGAACAAUUACACAAACAGCAAGACGAAUUUAUCACCUCGGAUAUCACCGAGAUUUUAGGCAACUCUGAUCAUCACAUCGAAAUCCCUCAAACGCAGUACCUGCUGAACCAAGUGUCGCACGAGAACAACGUGACUGGUGAGACGGUACACAUUCAAAACUCUUUGCCUGACUUGGAUUCGAAGAAGCUGAUAUCCGAGGCGAAUAAAACGUUAUCGAAUUUGUUGCUGGAUGGAGAGUGUCAGAACGAGAUCUCCGAGCAGACUGACUCGGGAAUUUGUACGGUGAUUUCAUCAGAGAAUACCAGUUUGUACGAUAAAAGUCCCGAAGAGAAGAAGACUUUCGCCAACGAGAUCCAAGAGGACGAGCACGGAUUAGAUGACGAAGACACGCAAGAGAAUACCAGUUAUUCUUGUUCCAAUUUGAAUUCACCGAAGAGAAAGAGCUCCACGAUAUCGGAUAACUCGUGCGUCUGUAGUCUAAGAAGCGUGAAGACAGUCGCGUCGUUGGACCACUCGAUCGAGGUGCACAAUCUGCACGCGGCCAACACAGAGGCUGUGAAAAACAUUCCACGAAUAUCGUCGAACUUCGAUGGGACGAACGAAGAGUUCGUUGGAGUCGCGUACGGCAACGGGCAGAUUUCCGUCUGCGACUCGAACCAGUCUAGCUUUCAGAUCAAUUAUUCAGAAAAUUGGGAAAAUCUGAAUUUAAGCAUUGACGCGUCUACUUCAAGGAAAGAAUUCUGGAGCGACCUGAAGUGUGAAAACUGCCCGUCCACGUCGCAGAAUAUUGAGAAGAUCGGCUCGAAGAUCGAGCAGUAUACCCAGGAUAAGAUGACAACGUCGAAGAAAAUGAAGGACGAGAAGCAGAAGAGACGGCAUCAACGUAAACACGAACGGAACGGGCAAAGACUUCAUCACGGGAUACAGGAGAGCAGGAUGCAGAACUUUCAAAACGUACGCUCGUCAGCGAGCACGGAGAGCUCCAGAUCAAACUCGACGGAUCGUUGUUUGAAUCCUAGGCUGAUCAGUUACGGAGCAAGUCUGCAUCCCAGCCAGAACACCAGGCAGAUGCCUAAUUUUGGAAGCAGCCCUCACGCUAGUCCGCGAUUGCAGCACUUCGAAACUCGCAGCACGCCUGGAUCAGGCCAGAGGACUUCUAGUAUCGCUUCCAGAGCUCAGAGAAACUCGUCUCCGCAAAAUAGAAAGCUUCUCGAUCAUAGGAGAUCUAGGUCAGAGCAAAUUAUCAGAAUGAAGAGGAGAGACUUUGAAAAGAGAGACAAGUACGAACGAGCUAAUCCCAGGUCGGAGCAGACCAAGAGAAAAUUAGGAAAUAGAAGUCCUAAUGAACUGAUGAACGAUGGUUUGGGACCAAGAACGGAUAAAAGCGGCCUGGCAAACGAGAUAAUCUCGCCGGUCACGAUGCAGACCGUGUCGUAUGGAAUACAAAAAGACAAUAACACGCAGAAAGCCACGCGAGCUGUGAGGUUGGUGAACGCAUCCACAGUUCAAGGGACGCAGUCGGUCAGUUCGGAUCAUAUUCUGGUUCAUAAGCCGGAUGUUGGGUCCAGUUCGAGCUGCUCGAGUUGCUGUGACUCAAGCUCGGAAACCAGCGAGUUUCAGAGCGAUUGUCAGGACGACGAGGAGAUAGCCUUGGCUAUGCAGGCAGCUGAGAUUGCGAACAAUUACAAGAUUCGAGCCAAAUUUCGGUCAUCCGAGGAUCUCGUUCAUCGUUUAUUCGUUUGUAUAGCCGGUGUGGCAGAUCAAUUGCAGACCAAUUUCGCAUCGGAUCUGCGCAAUAUUUUGAAGUGUGUGUUCCUGAUGAACAGUAGUCAAACCGUAGAAGACGGUGAGAUAAAGGAUGAAAGUUCAGUAUCUGAAAAUCAUGUGACAAGUCCGUUGAAUGAUACGGUUACAAAUCAUGAUCGACAGGAUUUAUUACAAGAAUACGAGGACGAUUUGGAAGAGACUGCCAUCACCGCCGAUCAUAAUACGUCGACCAUAACCGAGCGUGGCGAGGAGUGUGUGGAGAGGGCACCAGCUUGGAUACCGGACAACGACGCGCCUCGUUGUAUGGCGUGUCAAGCAGGGUUCACGGUGGUGAGACGCAGACACCAUUGCAGAAAUUGUGGCAAGGUGUUCUGCGGUCGUUGCAGCAGUAACAACGUUCCCCUGCCCCGUUAUGGGCACACGAAGCCUGUCAGGGUAUGCAACAGGUGUUUUCUGUAUCAGGUGACGCCGUUCACGGUGUCCCCAGUGACGCCAGCGAGCUGAGCUUUGGAACAACGAGGUGAGAACGCAAGAUUCUUAGAUAGUUAAAGGCAUUAAGGAGAAGCCUAUGAAGAUCGGCGAGAAAAUGCGAAUACCAUAGACUGAGAAUAAGAAAAAAAGAAGGAAAAGGAAAUUAAAUAGCCCAUAUGAGUCGGCUAACUGUGCAUUAUAUCAAAUAUUCGCUCAGCGAUAGUGAUCAAAUAGCGGUAUCUAAAUGUUUAAUAUCAAACCAGCGACAAUGGGACUAGCGAUAGGUGGGUCGUGAUCUUGUUUAAACUACUAUCAUAUUCUAUCGACGAAACUCUUUCGUUGGAAGGAGAGACGUUUGCAUCAAUACGUAUUCUUAGUGGGAGAAAUUACUACGACAAACGCGAUGUCAAUACUCAUAAUCUCAAUACUCGAAUAAACGAAUUGAUAGAAAUAUCGAAACACCUUUAAGACACAAAACUUUCAUUCAAUCUAAUCAACUUCUUGGAAUUUCCGCUGGAAUGUGUAUUGAAAUAUGUGGGACAAAAAUACAAGAAAUUAUAAGGAAUAAAUACAAAUUCCGAAAAAUUGUUAAAACGUAAAAACUUAAUAAACUAUAAUCGACUCUUUCGAAUUUCUAUCGAAAUAUGUAAAAAAGGAAAAAGAAAACUAUGAAAGUUUUUAAACGAAUUAAGAGAAAUUGUGAAAUAUUUUUAUUCCACACAAACGUAAUUCAACCUAAUCAACCCUUUCAAAUUUCCAUUGAAAUAUUAAAAUGUAUAUUGAAAUAUGCGAAACAUUACGUAUUUGGUCAACUAAUUUACAUUUCUUCCACUCGAAAUAUGUUCUGAAAAAAACGUUGUUGCUCCACUUUCUUCCUUUAUUAGAAAGACAAUUGAGUAUAAAGUUGCUCGGGUCGGAACCGGCGAUUCGAGAAUCAACGACUGUUGUAAAUAGCGCGAAAACUUGCGAGCGAGCGUACAAGAGAAAAGCGAACUGUGUGAUGAUCGUGACAGAACGAAGGGAGAGAGCGAACUUUCCGUUUUUCACCGGCAUUCGAAGUACACGCGCUGGCGAAUCGUGAUAAUACAUUAUAAACCCGUUAAUCGUACACUGUGACUUUCACGUAAGCUUUAAAUAGCGAUAUUUACUAGCAUCACACUGAGUGUACUACGAUCUGACGAUUCUUCGAAGCAUAGCGUACACGUGCAGCGGCUUGUUGCUAAUUUCUGUGCCAAAUUUACGUGACAAUAAGUUGUCUUUUGAUUAAACACCAUCCUCUUAUAUGAAUACGAGUUUCAAUGAACACACAGACUAUAUUCUAUAUAUAUAUAUAAAUAUAUAUAUAUAUAUAUUUAUAUUUAUAUUUAUAUUUAUAUCUAUCACAUGGACCGAAAUUUAUCACAUUAGACUGCGAAUUUUUAUGCAUUUAUAGCAAAUUUCCAGGUGCAGAAAUGUAAGAAAUGUCCAAAGCGACAUUUUUUUUAAUUAUAGUCAGAUUUAUUAUUUCAGUUAUUACCCACUGUAAGAACUAUUACACUAUUCUUGAUGCAACUACAUUUAAUAGCGAAUACCGAACAAAAAUUUGCAAACUUAAUUAUUCUUGUUACAAUUAUUCCAAUUACAUUGUGAACAAUUUUUUCUUUCGUUACGUAUCGAUGAAAAAUUUAAAGAUGUAAAAAUGUGCAAAAUGGACAUAACAUGCAAAAAUAUAAGAAAUAUUCAAAAGCAAGUACAUGCUUGUUAUAACAUUUAAUGGGUGAAAUAUAUCUUUAAGCCAUUAUAUAUCAUUAAGUACCAUUUCUUUCUGUAAUAUUAACAAAAACAUAUAAUUGCAUAAAGAUCCGCUCAUCAUUCAGUGAGUUUAAUGUACGAGUGGGAACGUUUGAUCAUUUUAUAUGAUACGUGGUACACGGUCCAGUGAAUAGGUACAAUGUCGAAAGGGAAUUUGUCAGCAAUUUAUUUGUUACAAUGCGAACAUGAGAAUCGUAGAUUUCAGAGACCGUUUUAAUUAGACAGCUGCCGCUGUCCGUGUACGAUUUCGAUUUUAAAAGACUGCUUUCGAUUGUAGGCUGUUCAGAUAUUGUAUAAUAGGUUCGAUGAUUCGCCGUAGUUGUUGCUGAGCUGAGCGAUUGUGCUUUACGCAGCUGCGGAAGGGCUGGGCAGUAUUCUUGGGUUAUUAUUAAAUUUACUUAUUCCAAUGCGAUUAUAAAAUAUGUUUUAAUACCGAAUAUUUUAUGUGAACAAUUUGUUACUGGAAAAAUUGAGAAUGAGAAGAUGCGAAAAUAAGUGUUUUAUUUUUGUUCAAAUUUUGAAAUUUAUCUUAACUUUUGGUUAUUUGAUAAUGAUUGAUUUAUAAUUGUAUUUCUUUUAUUUGACAAAAAAGAGAUUUGAAUUAGGUAAGCGAUUUUGGAAUAAUUUGAGGAAUUUAUUUUAGAAACUUAUUUUUUGACGACUGAUGUAUUUUGUUUUACGACUGAUUUACGAAUAAUGGGAGCGAAAAUUCGUGAAACGGCGCCGUACUCUGUGUCGUGUGUCAAUUUCAUUGCGUGACCUUAUUCAAUUCGCGAUAUGAAAGGUACAGAGACCACGUGUUACAAUUUCGAUUACUCGCACAACUAAUAUGUUUGGACUUCGUUUAAUGUUAGAGCAACAAUUUAUUUCUUUAUUAUCCUGAUUAGUGAAGGCAUCGUGUAACCUUAUGUACAAAUUCGUCUAUAUAUUUGAUAUUUGCUACAUUAAUAAACAAAGGUAUUGUGUUGGACAAUACACUUUUAUAGCGUACAAAAAGUGCAAAAAGUUUGAGGAAAUUAGAUAUAAAAGAUUACGAAUAAUUUGUAUGUAGACAAAAUUCAAUUUUGUUUUUUAGCGUAUCUUUUGUAUCUACAUUUUUUAUUAAAUAAUUUUUUGUUUAAAUUAAAGUUUGUUUCUGAGAACGAAAAUUAGUUGUAUAUAUUUUAGAAAUACUUACAAGUAUUUUGUAAUAGCAAUUUAUUUACAGUGUUUUAUAUUUAAUUUCCUCGUUUGGAAUUUAUAUUUCAAAAUUAUUAUUAUUACUAUUACUGUUAAUUUUAUUUCUAAAUUAAACUAAUUGGCAUUUUUUUUUGUUAUCUGUUUUUUCCUUUUAAGGUCCAAAUACUUUAGCAAGGGAUCUUUAUAUAAAAAUGGCUCAGCUUGUUCGAUCCUAUAGAAUUAGAAUUAUUAAAGGAGAAUUAUUUAAGACGUAUUAGGAUAUAAUGAAAUGCAACGAAAAUAACAAUUAUCUAGGGUAAUCAUUGAAUUCGAAUGAGUUAUUGUUCAUAUACCGUAAAACGAUUACUGCCAAUGUUUCCUAUCUAAUUAAUUACAUAUGCGAUAUUACAUAUAACAAUAAUUUCUUGGCUAAUUAGUCGCUCGAUAGCGUAGUAUACUCAGUCCAAUAAUAGGAUUGAAUUAUCAUCGAUUAUUUUAAAAGUUCUAAUUUCUACGUUCAAGAUGUAAAUCUUUACAAAAGUUGGCCAAAUAAGGAAAUAUAUACAAUUCUGGACAAUUUAAUCGUAUUCAGUAGUUUGAGAAAUUAUCUACUUUAGAAGAAUUAGAAUCAAGAUAGAAAGGAAACUUUUGCCAAUUUUAAUGUUUUAGACGUAUUUCUUUGAAAAGUACCAGCAUGAUUAAACAGGGUAUAUCUAAGUGGCAAAAUACUAGCUCGAAACUUGGAUUAUUCUAUGAAAUUCUAAGAAGAAAUAUUUUAUUUAUUAGGAAACCCUAAUAAUGAAAAAAAGAUAUGUCCUUUGCGCUUUACUAAGUAUAUUUUAGUAUACCAGUAUAACGAGAAAACAAAAUGUAUCUAGCUUUUAAUUUCAAUUACUAUUAAUUAUUCUUACUAUUACCAACUUAUAUAAAACUUCAUUCAUUCCUUAUUAUUAGAAUGGAAAGUUCGAAUUUCUAAAGGAGGACAAACUGCAUUAAAUAGAGUACAAAACUAGAUAAUGGCAAAUGAUUUUGAAACAACGACGUGUACGCGAUCUUACGUAAUGAAUUCAGUGGUUACCCUGCUUUCGAUUAGAAACGUGCAAUCUACCAAUUUCACUUUCUGAGUUAGUCGAUCGCAUCGAUCCACAGUGUGGCAAAUAGCGGACGAAAACCGAAGUAAUCAUUGCUCGAUUUUGAUCUUACUAUUUCACGAUAUCAUCGUCUGUAAGUAAUAUAAAUGUAAACGAUGAUUCCCUCAAAAAAUCGAUAAAGAAUUACUAACGAUCGUUUGUAUACCUAGUCACUUAAAAAUUAGCUCACUCGUUCGUUAUACAUUCUUGUUUGUCCAGCCUUGUCAAAUAGCGUUCGUCACACCUUAAAUGUGGGGAAUUUGGGCAAAGAUAUGUAUAACUUUAAUUUCCAACUUGAACAUUCCUAUCUUUAAAGAGCAAUUCAGAAAAAAACGGCUCAAACUAUCCUGUAAUUUCGGUUGCUCUUUGUCAAGAAAGUAUCGUAUUACGUCUCUAUAUAAUUUUUUCUGCCAAAAACUACUGCACUGGGUGUUUUUUAAUUGUUUUAGUGGUAUCCUUUCGUAACUGUGGCGUGGUUAAAGAGUGGAUUUCUGACCACGCUUAUGGCAAGGAAAUUUUUCAAGUUGCACGAAAACUUUGUUCAAUAUUCGACAGAAUAUCUUAAACAAAUUCUGCACGAUAUUACAAAAAAAGAAAAAAAAAGAAAAAAUGAAUAGAUUGUUUUCAGCAUCGACACUAUUUUUUCAAACGUCAUCAUGUGUGCUUAGAUAAUAAGAAGUAAAUAUGUAAGGUAUUUAAGCUGAUCCAGGAAACAGGGGAAAUACUAACAAAGAUGCGAUGAGUAGAUUUUUACUCGCGUCAGAUUCUCUGAUAUCGAGCUUCAGGAAACGUUAUAUGCACGUUAUAUGCAUUUAAAAAAAUGUUUGUCCCGAAUCCUCAUUCAAAUGCCACACUGUGCGAUUGUUCAAAACACCAUAUCUAAUCGGACUUUCAUCGCUAUCUAUUUUACGACCUGUAAUAAUACUUAACGAUCAUCGAAUAGAACUAACAGUGUCGUUAAAUUCUUCGCGUACGAAGUUAUGACAAAAGCAUGCAUUUCGCGUGAAUUUCACAUUGCGGUUCGUUCAUGGCUUAUGAAUCGUUGGUUAAUGCCUUACGACUACAAAGACGAGGUACGAAGUAUGAUUAAUCAUGCAAUGCUCAAUUUUUUUUACUUUUUUUUUUCAGUUUUCUCUAAAAGAAGUCAAUACUGUUAUAUCGAAAAUAGAAAUUAUAUCAUUGUUACAAUAAAAUUCCAUUUAUCUGAACAUGUCAGGGGACAGAUAGUUUAUAUAAUUGGAGUUCAUAUAAUAGAAGCUCAUCGCCACCUUUUAUUUUUCCUUCGCACGAUAGGAGCUUGUGUUCAGAUGAGUGAAUUCAAUUAAAAUUCCGUUAGAAUAAGUGGAAUUCAGAUAAAUGGAGUUCUACUGUACUAAAAUAAUCGACAGCGACUGUAGAACUAUACUUUAAUUUUAAUUGAAUUUCGACCAAAAUGUGUUAUGGAUCCUUAUUCGAGGUUUCCAUUCAAUUAUCUCUCCAGUUGUUCUUUCUCCCCGUUCAUGCGCGUAUUGUUCUGGUAAUCAGGAAUUCCCCUGUGCCUAAAUGUCGCAUAUUAGCCUGUGCUUAGACGGAGAAACGAACUUAAACCAAACAGAGUAAAAAUGAAGCAGAGAGAAGAAGAAAGAAACGCGAUAGAGGAAGAGUGAAAAAGGAUAAACCGACGAGUAAAAAGAAGAUAGCGCGGUGGUAUCCAGCAAAGUCACGUGUCAUUUUAGGGUGCCACGGCGAGAAAGAAGUCGCGACGAACGUGAUCUGCCAAUUAGCUAGAAAAUUCUGACUAACGAGGAGCGGAGAGUACCUCAGAAUUAUUUUUAUAUUAUUUGCCCAGGCGUACGUGUAUGCGUGUAUCAUUCACGUGGCUUGCGUUCAACUUGGAUUCUAUGAAACGAAUUUUCCUCCACAACUUUCUUCUUUCAAAUAAAAAUCUCUUGGGAAAUUACAAUUUCGCCAUGCUUUUGGCUUUUCGGAAUCAAUCGUGCUAUGCAUUUUUGCACCCGCAUUUCGUGUACGUUAGAGUUCAUUUCCUUAGGGUAGACUCGAAAGAAAGUUUUCUUAAGCGAGCUAUGUUGGAAAAGGGGAACUGUAAUGUUCAGGGAACGAAAUAAAGCGCAACGUAUUAAUAAAAACACGCUUGAAACCGGAAGAACCACAAACAUGUCAUUCAAUUGUGACGAAAGUUAAAAAUUUAAAGAACCUUCUGAUUUAUGAUCUUUUCCCUUCUAAAUGUAUUUAUUUCUUCUUUUUCCCAAUCUUCAAAUUUCAGAAACUCGAAAGUACGACAUCCAUCCACCACGGCGAAAUUUUGUAACCUAAGUUUGUAACUUUGAUUCGACUAUUUUCGACCAGUAAAAAAUAUUACGAUAUCGAAGAAAGAAGAAGUUGAACGGGGAUAUUUUAAUAGACAUGAUAACGAAAGAUUCAAGAGUUGAACGUGAUCAUGUGACGAGGAUCGCAGUUAGUAUGUAUGCGAAUUACGAGUAAUAGGGGAGGAGAAUAUUCGUAAUAUUGCGUGUUUCGCCAAUAUUCGAAUAUAGUAUAACAUGGUGAUUUCGGUAAUGGGACACACUAAGAACGUGAAUGUAAAUAAAGUUUGUUAUUCAAGGUGUUUAAGAGGUGUUGUUCAAUGCCGAAUGUAUAGGCCUCUUUUUUUCCGUACUAUGAACGACUCCAGAUAUUAAAUACCGUAAAAUAGAGCUUAAGACAAUUUAGUAUGGGAGAAUUAGUAUAUAUAAAUACUAUACAUACAUACAUACAUACAUAUAUACAUACGACUAAGUGUUACGAUGUAAAAUGUUAAUAUAUAUAUAUGAACGCUGGCAAUUUUAUUAAUACAAUGAUAUUUUCGUUCAA